AAUGAAGAAAAGCGUAACCUCAGUCUUGGCGGUCAUGUUGGCUUUGACAGUCUGCCCGAUCAGCUGGUCAGUAAAUCAGUGACUCAGGGUUUCUGCUUCAACAUCCUCUGUGUGGGUGAGACGGGCAUCGGCAAGUCCACAUUAAUGAACACCCUUUUCAACACCAUGUUUGAAAACGAGGAGGCCAGCCAUUACCAAAACGGUGUUUACCUGCGGCCCCGAACAUACGACUUGCAAGAGAGCAACGUCCACCUGAAACUGACUAUCGUCGACACGAUGGGCUUCGGGGACCAGAUCAACAAAGACGAAAGCUAUAAACCCAUUGUGGACUAUAUCGACACACAGUUUGAAAACUACCUGCAGGAAGAGCUGAAAAUAAAGCGUUCUCUAUUCAAUUACCACGACACCAGAAUCCACAUCUGCCUCUACUUCAUCUCUCCUACGGGACACUCGCUCAAGUCCUUGGAUUUAGUCACCAUGAAGAAGCUGGACAGCAAGGUGAACAUCAUCCCCAUUAUUGCUAAAGCUGACACGAUUUCCAAGAGCGAGCUCCACAAGUUCAAGAUCAAGAUCAUGAGCGAGCUGGUCAGCAACGGUGUUCAGAUCUACCAGUUUCCCACAGACGACGAAGCUGUGACAGAAAUCAACUCCUCUAUGAACGCCCAUCUUCCCUUUGCUGUGGUGGGCAGCGUGGAGGAGGUGAAGGUGGGGAAUAAGAUGGUGAGGGCCAGGCAGUAUCCCUGGGGAGUCGUUCAAGUGGAGAACGAGAGUCACUGUGAUUUCGUAAAGCUGCGGGAGAUGUUGAUCCGAGUGAACAUGGAGGAUCUGCGAGAGCAGACUCACGCCAGACACUACGAGCUCUACAGACGCUGCAAACUAGAAGAGAUGGGCUUCAAAGACACAGACCCAGACUGCCAGCCCUUCAGUCUACAGGAGACGUAUGAAGCCAAAAGGAAGGAGUUUCUGGGAGACCUGCAGAGGAAGGAGGAGGGGAUGAGGCAGAUGUUUGUGAACAAAGUGAAGGAGACGGAGUCUGAGCUGAAGGAGAAGGAGAGAGAGUUACAUGAGAAGUUCGAGCAGCUGAAGCGCAUGCACCAGGAGGAGAAGAGGAAGGUGGAGGAGAAGAGACGGGAGCUGGAGGAGGAGAUGAACGCCUUCAACCGCAGGAAGGUGGCCGCCGAGACCCUCUCGCUCUCACAGCCCCUCAAGAAGGACAAAGACAAGAAGAAUUAAUUUAUGAGCACAUCGCAGGCCACCCUGGACUUUCCUCUGUUAACGUCAGCUUUUGUUUUCUGGCAUGCUCCUCAUGACAUUGUGUUGAAGGACCAAAGACCCCGAUGAGAAGAACGAGAGAUCAAUUUCUUCUUGUGUUGUCAUUUUUUUUUUUUUUUAGGGGGCUAAUUUUUAAUGCCCUUCCCUCAUCAACCCGGUUUGUUUUUGUUUCGAUCCUAACCAUCUGUCCAUUUGUCUUCCAGUCAGGCCUCGUAUUGAGAAGCACAUGUUUCCCUUGCUAGUGUACAGUAGUAUUGAAGAUCUGAGCCAGCAAUAAUACUAAUACACACACACGUGUAUGAUUUUAUUAUUAUAUAAGCCUGCAUGGCUUUCUCCACAGUCUUCGUUAUUAUUGGUGCUGUUUUUACAAGUACAUGACAACAGAUAUGCAAAUUAUAUUUUUUUGUAUUAUAGAGCAUGGUAUUCAGGUUAUACUGUAACUAAGGUAUCUUCCUACACACACAAGGGGCAAUGAUGAUAGAAAUAAACACUCCCCUGAUUUCCUUCAA